CGCUCCCGGCUCCCGGCCCAUCCCACCUCUCGUCAAAUCAAAUCAUAACAAGUCAAAACCGGCGACCUGCGGCCAGAUUUGACCCUGCCGGGACGUCAGGGCGAAGAUGUCGUGGAUAAAAGAGGGCAGUCUCUCCUGGCUGCAGGCUGCCUGCGUGAAGGUGGUGCGUUCGGGCCAGGUGCCGCGCCACGUCGCCUUCAUAAUGGACGGCAACCGGCGCUUCGCCGCCAAAACCAAUGUUCUCAAGGUGGAGGGCCACUCCAAAGGUUUCGACAAACUGGCCGAGACGCUGCGGUGGUGCCUGGAUCUCGGCGUGCCGGAGGUCACUGUGUACGCCUUCAGCAUCGAGAAUUUCAAGCGCAGCAAGGACGAGGUCGACGGCCUCAUGGACCUGGCUAGGCAGAAGUUUAAGAAGCUCCUUGAGGAGAAGGAUAAAUUGCGAGAGCACGGCGUGCGGAUCUGCGUCAUCGGCAACCUGAGCCUGGUGCCUGCCGACCUGCAGGAGCUGAUCAGGGAGGCCAUGGAGGCCACCCAGACGCACAACAAGGCCUUCCUCAACGUUGCCUUUGCCUAUACAGCAAAGGAAGAGAUGGCCAACGUGAUAGGAGAAGUGGCCGGAGGGGUGCGAGACGGCGGUCUCCUCGGACAGGACGUCGGCACGAAGCUGUUCGACGCGUGCCUCUACACCCGCCACUUGCCGCAGGUCGACCUGCUCAUCAGGACCUCCGGUGAGGUCAGAUUCAGCGACUUCAUGCUCUGGCAGGCCUCGUAUAGCUGCAUUUACUUCACGGACGUUUUAUGGCCCGAGUUUGACAUCUGGAGUCUGCUCCGCGCCGUGCUUUGCUACCAAAUGAAAUACCCUGCCCUUCAGAGGUUGCGGCUGAAAGAAGAAAAAUCCGUUUUGGCGGCGGAAGAGCAGCAGGAGGCUCGGAUAGAAAAUUUCCUCUCCGCCCUGAACAGCAAACGGGCCCUCAGUUUUUUGUGAGGCAGCCCAUUCCGAGAGUGAAGACUGACCGCUGGCGUUCCCGUUCUGUUUAUGAGUUAUCGUUUUCGUUUUAUUUGAGUUUGUUGGGGCGUAAAAUUAUCCAAAUAUGUAUUUUUUGUGCUAAAAUAUAUCAAGUUAUUUAAAAGGAUAAA